AUGGAUCGUAAACUUUUUCACAGAGAACUCAAUGGAAACACGGGUUUCAGCUCUGUGAAUAGCCUCUAUGGCUCUCGAGCAUGGGUUGAAAACCUCGAUAUCGUGAACGAGCUCCAAGGCCAUACUGGAUGUGUCAACGCAGUCAGCUGGUCACGCAAUGGUGCUCUUCUUGCCAGUGGAAGUGAUGAUACACAAAUCAACAUACAUACAACUACUCCCGAGUUUGCUUUGAAUACUCGUAUAGAUACUGGCCACACUGAGAAUAUAUUCUCUGUAAAAUUUAUGCCCCAUUCAGACGACCGAACCAUCAUUUCGGCUGCUGGGGAUGGGGAGGUUCGAAUCUUCGAUAUUGAAUACGCCCCGACAUCUUCGGCUACAAACUCAUCCAGAUCCUCAUCAGCUAGAAUGUCUAGUGGACAAACACAUCCCCGCCUCAUAGGCUAUCGACGUAGGGGGGUGCAUACACCCGAAGUGACUCCUCAAAAGCUCUAUUCCCAUUACGAAAACCUCAAUCACAAGGUUUAUCGAUCUCACACAGACCGAGUCAAACGCAUAGUGACUGAGUCCUCCCCACAUGUAUUCCUUACUUGCUCUGAAGACGGUACAGUUCGUCAGUUUGAUCUACGGCAGCCAUCAGACUUCUACAGCAGACCCAGCCGCUCCUCGGCACAAAGAACGUAUUUUGGUGUGACAUUAUCAUCAAUGGUCUCGUCAGAAGAAGACGAUAACAGAAACCCACCUCUUAUUUCCUAUAAGCGUCACCAGAUCGAUCUCAAUACGGUCUCUUGUUCGACAUCCCAACCCCACUAUAUCGCUCUUGGUGGGGCUCAUCUUCAUUGUUUCCUUCAUGAUCGACGCAUGCUCGGACGUGAUCUCGGGAAAGAGGCUGGAGCUGGAGCAUCAACCUCUGAUAACGAUCUUUCAGCAGCUACACGCUGUGUUCGUCGGUUUGCACCUCUCCCAGCAAAAAGCCGAGAGUAUCGAACAAGUCCUCAUAUCACCGCUUGUAAAAUAUCUGACGCAAAUCCAAAUGACGUGGUUGUAUCUUGGAGCGGUGGUGGAAUAUACCUAUUCGACAUCAACCGCUCUCCAGCACCAAAUGAAAAGGGGAUUGGUAGAGAACCCUGGAAUCAAUCUGAAAAUAGUACCCGCACAAGGUGCGAUAGGAAUCGACGAUGUAGGGGUGGAGAGCCAAGAAGUAAAAGGAGGAGAGCGGAAUCUUCCAGUGAUGAAGAUAGCGAGGAUAGUGAUUAUCUGAGCGUGGGUCAUGAGAUUAUUAGGAUUCCUGCGCUCUUGGUAGAAUUAAGAAAGGAAAUAUUCGGGCUAAAUUCCUCAGAAAUUCCUAUUUCUGGAGUGCACUCAGCAUUGGAGCCGGAAGAAGUGGAAAGAGAAAAGAAGAAAUCUUGGGACGAGGCACUACGCACAGCGCAGGUAUUACUUAAGAGAAUUGACCGGGAGAUUAAAACCCUUGAAAGAAAAGAUCUAGAGUUCUUCGACAAAAACGAGGGGCGCACAGAUAUGGACUUUGGAUCUGAAAGAACUCUUAGAAGAACUUGUGCACGGAACAGACGCCGAACUAGAGCGUUUGUUAAAGCUGCCGGAUGUCUCGCUCGCGCUUUGGGUGGAUUUGUGGAAGGCAUCGGGUUGGGAGUAGGUAUCUUUAUACAGGUUGGAACUGAACGACCUGAAAAUUCUAGUUUUCGGUAUCGGUUCUUACAAAUAAUCAUCUCAUUUCUCGACGGUGGAUCUACAGCAGUAGAGGAACUUAUCAAGGAGGACCAAGAUAGUGAAGAUGAGGAGAAUGAUUCAGAUCCAGGAGACAUUGGACGCUUCCUUGAUGCUCUUGAGAGGGAAGCUAGAAACAACAUAGUAAGAGAUGUCGACACAAAUGAAGAAAUAUUUGACAGUGAAAAGGCUAUGGUCAAGGCUUUCAAAGCCGCCCUCGACCUAGGACAUGAUGAGAUUAUGGCUGGAUCAGAUGAGGAUACUACCAGAGGCAGAUCCAUAAGGAGGUUCUGGGGGCAAAGGGUGGGACGAUCUCUCUUGAUGCAGGAAGGGGAUGGAGUUGACUUUGCCUUCGUUGAUUCCGCAUUUGGAGGGUUUGAGGGAGAAGGUGACUCUGAAGACGAAAUCGGAGGCCUUAAUCUAGAACUCGAGGCCGAUGAAGAUCAAGAUGAAGAGGGGGGGGGGGAGGGGGAUGAAGAGGAACAUAGUGAGGAAGACGGCGAGUACGGUCCAGGUUCAGGGAGAGAAGGUGUCGAAAUCCAGGCACCAGUAUGGGAACAUACGAAAUUUUACAGUGGGCAUUGCAACGUUAAGACUGUUAAGGAUGUUAACUUUUACGGAAUGGACGACGAAUACGUUGUCAGUGGAAGUGACUGUGGCAAUCUUUUUAUAUGGGACAGGAAAACAACACAGAUAGUGAAUAUCCUUCGUGGAGACGAUGAAAUCGUUAACGUGAUAACUGGUCACCCUUACGAGCCAAAGCUUGCCGUUUCAGGCAUUGAUUAUACGGUCAAGAUAUUUUCUCCAGACGAAAGCGCACAGCGGGAAUUCCAAGGAUUAUCUUUGAACGACGACGAAGAAGAGCCUGAAGCCGGAAGGCGACUAAAUGAAAGUAGAAAGCGGAUUCAAAACGAAUAUUCGAUUAGGUGCCAAAAUCAGGUCAUGACAGAGAGUGGGCUUCAGGAGGCAGUACAUGCGGUAAGGAUGCUUAGUUUGAGUUUCGAUGAGUGGUUAAACCUGUACACUGCGUGA